UUCACUCAGUCUAAAUGAAUAUACUUGAUGCUUAGCCAUGAUUUUGUGUGUUUUUUUUUAAGGGACAAGUUUUUUGUUUUUGUUUUUAAUACAAACUGUCGUGUUGAGGGUUGAAUUGCAGCAGAUUGCAGCAAGGGAGCUGCUCUAUAGUCUGACCUAAAGGGACAAGAUUUUUUUGUUGUUUAAUUAACGUCAUAGCCACUAGAUGCCAGUAGUACCCUCAAGUGUGACAAUCACAAAUGUCUCCAGACUUUCCAAAUAUCCCCACAGGGGCAGAGUUGCCCCCAGUUGAGAACCACUGAUCUUACCAAAGGCGAAAGGAAGGCUUUUUAUCAGGACCUCCAUGUGCUCUUGAAAACGUCACUAAAUUAUUAGUAACUACCCUUCUGAUAACUUGAGAAAUGUGUCAGAAUCUCGGAGAAGAAGGAUGUACAGCUUGCAAAAAUGGAUUUUGUAUUAGAAGACAUGGAUCUUGCUGCUAAUGAGCUCAGCAUUUAUGACAAACUUUCAGAGACUGUUGAUUUGGUAAGACAGACGGGCCAUCAGUGUGGCAUGUCAGAGAAAGCAAUUGAAAAAUUUAUCAGACAGCUACUGGAAAAGAAUGAACCUCAGAGGGGGCCACCCCAGUAUCCCCUCCUUCUAGCUGUGUACAAGGUCGUCGUAACCCUGGGAUUAAUCUUGCUCACUGCCUACUUUGUGAUUCAACCUUUCAGCCCAUUACCACCUGAACCAGUGCUUUCUGGAGCUCAUACCUGGCGCUCACUCAUCCAUCACAUCCGGCUGAUGUCUUUGCCCAUUACCAAGAAGUAUAUGCCAGAAAAUAAGGGAGUUCCUCUGCAUGGGGGUGAUGCAGACAGACCCUUUCCAGACUUUGACCCCUGGUGGACCAAUGAGUGUGAGCAGAAUGAGUCGGACCCCAUCCCUGCCAACUGCACUGGCUGUGCCCAGAAAUUACCCCUCAAGGUGAUGCUCCUGGAAGACACCCCAAGGAAAUUUGAGAGACUCCAUCCUCUGGUGAUCAAGACCGGACAACCCCUGUCAUCUGAGGGGCUUCAGCGUUUUUUGUGCCAGUACCCUGAGGUUACAGAAGGCUUCACCGAAGGGUUUUUCACCAAGUGGUGGCGCUGCUUUCCUGAACGGUGGUUCCCGUUUCCUUACCCAUGGAGAAGACCUCUGAACAGAUCACACCUUUUACGUGAGCUUUUUCCUGUGUUCACCUACCUGCCGUUUCCAAAAGAAGCCUCCUUGAAAAAGUGCUUCCUUCUUCAACCAGAACCUACUGUGGGGAGUAAGAUGCAUAGGAUGCAUGACCUGUUUACCAUUGGCAGCGGCGAGGCCAUGUUGCAACUCAUCCCUCCCUUCCAGUGCCGAAGACAUUGCCAGUCCAUGGCGAUGCCACUAGAGCCAGGGGAUAUUGGCUAUGCUGGCGCCACCCACUGGAAGGUCUACAUUAUAGCCAGAGGGGUCCAGCCUUUGGUCAUUUGUGAUGGAACCACCCUCUCAGAACUGUAGGAAACAGAACUAAAGGAACAGGUUUGAGAGCUGAAGACCGGAUCGAAAGGGGGAAAAUAAAAACAAAAAACGAUGAAACCACUUUCCAGGGGUUGGUUGCUUAGUUGCCUGCCCUGUGCAUGCGUGUGUGAGCCAGUUGUGUGCUGGAAGCAAAGGCCAGAGCCCAGCCCUCCCAACUCUUCCAGCCCAGCUGCUUGGCCAGGACCUUGCCAAUACCCAUCUGUGAGAGACUGGCCUCUUCCAGGCCUUUUGGCACCAAAGCCUUGAGGCUGCCCUUCAGGCAGGGAGCACGGUUGAUACCUUCCCUCACUUGCAUGACAUGAUCCCCUCUGCUGGCUCCCCGGCCACGAGAGGGCAGUCACCAGGUCCUGACUUUAGAGCCAUCCUCUACCAGGUGGGCCUGCCUGUCCUCUCUUCCUGGUCACACCACCCUGUACUUUUUUUGGAAAGCCAUGGAUGAUUAAAGAAGUCAUUGCAGUUUCCCAAGCAGAAUGGAAUCUAGAACCGGUGAAAAAGGAUCAAAUAACCUCAAACUGCACUCAAGAAGUGUACUUCUUUCCCAGUGUCCAUGGCUCUUGGAGUAUCAGCGAUGCCAGGUCAGAGUCUGAUUGUAAUUGAAAUGGUAAUUCUUGUCUCCAUUCUAUCAGUUCUUAUGCCUCUCCCCUCCCUCCGCUUCUCCCUUGCGUAUCUGGAUGGCUUCUCAGAAGUUGGGCUCCUGGUCCCCCUCCCUUGGAUGGGCCAGCGCCCUUUACUGCUGAGGCAGCACUGCUCUUGUCAGCUCUGUUGCUUUUACCAAAUGUCUUCGGAGGGGGAGAGGGUGCCUCCCCGGGUUUGAUCUUUAGGGUCCAACUUUCUGCAGGAAAGAUGUUUUACAGACGUGUCAAGCUGAUGUUGUAAUGUGGUUGGGGAAGGAACUCCAGACCCAGAGUCUUGGCCAGCUGGGCGUACGACUGUGUGACCCUCUGUCUUGAAAUGAUUUCUCUCUCUGUACUGGGAGCCAAGGUGAGGUGUUUUUAUUUUUUGUGAAAUUAUAAAAUCAUGUUCUUUUGAUUGGA